UUAAAUAAAGAGAAUUUAGAUUCAAGUAAAUAUGUUAAUGACACUCAUCAAAAAAAUAUUUAUUGAUUUUAAGAUAAUUAAUCCUUCGGGUUCUGUUCCGUUUAAAGCAGCUUGAACAGUAAAGAGUAUCAAUUUUUUGAGACCGUCAAAAUUCACUUGGAUAACUUCUCUAAUGAAAAACCGACCCAAUUUUACACUGACGGGAUAAUGAAGCUAGCUAGAAGAUGGCUCGUCCGAAAAAGCGGUGCAUACAUUAUUGAUUAAGGUUGCAUCUUAAUAUUUAAUUUUUGAGUUUUAAUUGCCGCAAGAAAACCCGAACGAACUUUCUGACCGACCCAGUACGAGCGAGAGACCCGUAAUACGCAAGUAGGGCAAGCAAGACCGAUUACGGAAGGAAAUAAACAUUCAAACGACGCGUGACCUCCCGCUUCGUAAACACUCAAUAGCACCGACGUGCAAGCGCGUGAGUCAUUAGUGACGUCUUUGUGUUGAAUGCUCAGUUUGUCGCGGUCAUUAACGAUAAGUACGUAAGUGUAGGUGCGCGCGCUCGCCGAAGUGGAAUUUCUUCAUUUUCAUGCAACACCUGCGCUCACGCCUCGGUCGUCUCAAUUAGCUGUUUUGUCGAUGAAUCAGAACAGAAAACGAUCUUCUUACACUGGAAACGUGUACUUAGCCGGACUGAUCAACAAAAUUCUCUAAUAAAUACGACGCGCUGAUUGCACCGCGUAAAUUCAGUUCCCGACGCGAUUUUCGCUUAGAGUGCGAACAAUAUCUCAUUCUUGUCGUCCGUUCACCUCGACGUCUGGCGAAUGAAACUUUUAUUCGUACAAAUGCAUCUGCAAAUUUCACCGUGUUCUCGCGUAAAGAGGAUUACCUAUGAGCGAAAUUAUUUUUCUCGAUCGCGUGACGCAAUACGACGAAGAAAUUCUGGCACUGAUGAUUACGCACUGGCUCGUCUCAUGAAUAAAAAUAGACGUUACUUUUUGUUCAUCAAGCGGUCCAUAACUGUAAAUAAUGGCCUAUAUUCCAUUAGCGCGGCUAAUUCUGCUCUAAGAAUGCGCGAUGCGUCGACGCGUUUCACACGCAAACAGAGUAACAACAGCUCGUCAGGAAAAAUUUUUGCUCGCUGUUACUGCUUUUCCAAAUACAUUAACGUUGAGUAACCUCUUGGCAUUACGCUCGUAGAAUCCUUCCUCCUUUUUCUACACACUUAAUUAUUUAUUACUUUCUUUCCCAACCGUAUUAAUAGGAGAAAGUUGCGCUUUUCGCAGGCUCGAGAUACGGUGAAAAGGCAGCUCUAAUAUAAUUACAAGUCUAAUAUAAUUAUACAGUCUAAUAUAAUUAUACAAUAAUUACAAGCUCUAAUAUAAUUAUACAGUCAAUUCGGAUACGCUCGUUCGCGUGAUACAAGAAUCUACGAAUGUUACCCAUUUCGGAUAUAACCGGUUUGUUUGUCGAAUCAAGUCGGCCAUAUCCCCGGACAACGCAAUCUCUACACUCGUCGUCGAUUCUUCUCUCAAAAAAAAGAGAUGAAAAAAAAAACGAUCAAACGCACACGUGCAGCUUUUUGCUGCAUAUCCAUCGUUCUAUAGGUAGAAGUUUGAUUCGGUCGAUGACACGACGUCACAUGCGUAACUUUUUUGCGCAUCGAGCGUCGGCGAGUCACAGCGACGAGUGUCACAUUCGGCGCCAGAGUGACUCCCGAAGCGGCGCGCGACAACGACGUCAUUCGCAAGAAGAAAACAAAAAACGGAAAAAGUAGAGACGAGCGAUAAAACGGGAGUGCGUGAAUGUGCGACGGGCGACGGAGAGAAGUCGAGAUGCACAACAUGCUCGCGAGUGAAUCAGGAAGAAAUCAAAGAGAGAGAAAGAGAGAGGGAGUGAGAGAGAGAGAAAAAGAGGGAGAGAGAGAAAGAGAGAAUGCAUUCACGAUGAAGGCGCUACCGUGAAGCGCAUGGCAAUCCGAAUUUCCAUCGUUAUAUGAACGGCUCAUGCAUUUUUUUACAGACACACGCGCCUCGACGCUCGGUUGGCGCCAAAACCAUUGAUUAAACCUCGCCGACGCCGACCUAUUUUUCCCCUUUCGCGACCUCCUCUUUCUCUCUUCUGUCCUCCCGGCAUUUCAGCUCCUCACGCGCUACACACGCGUUUCGCACACGCGAACUACUCGACCAACGGACACAGUGAUACGUCACGCCCGCGUUAUUGCCGCGUCGAUUGAGAAGCACUGACAUCACUUGGGCCUCAACUAAUCCAUAAAUAUUGUUCUCUCGUGGAGAAUCGCAAAAUCUAUCGCGUACGAGUUUUGAAGUCGAAAAUCGACACUCUAUAACCCGACUAGAAACUUUGAUCAACUACCUGAUAUUGUACAAAGAUCUAUUUGGAAAUGACUUCGUUAUCGGGAGAGAGAGCGUAUCUAGACAAAGUAACGGAAAAAGACGUGUAUGAUGAAGGGAGCUUGGAGCCUUUUCUACCAAAACAACGACCACCCAUUGCUUUCAUUUAUUUGCCGCCCUCUGAACAAUCUUCCGAUAAUCCUUACGCGACUCAACCAGCUUACAAUCCGUCUUACAAGUCGACCUUGAACGAUACCACCGGCCGCGAUGGUAUCACCGAAAAUAACGAAGGAAACGAAAUAAGAGACGAAGAGAACUGCGUGACCUACUGCAUCAUCGGCAUAGUAAUACUAGUUAUCGUCAGCGUUAUCAUCGGAAUCAUAUACUUCCUAAUACAACAUCCGAAAUUCGCACGUGCCAUGUACAAUGCGAUAGAGGCCGACACAACUGACGGAAACGCGACGUCAGUGAAGAAGAUAACGGCAGUUGCGAAUCAAUUAGGGAGGAUGGCAAACAAGACUUCUACCAUGACUAUUGAGCCAUCUAAAAUACACGAGGAUAAUGACUAAGCUCGACGUAUAUGAGGAUUGAAAUCCUCGUGAGAUGUCUCGCAAAUAUGAAUAAAUCAUAGAUUAGACUCUCAGGGAUCGUCAUAAUUAAUGUAGACAUGUCGACUCAAUUUAAUAUUGAUUUUCGUUCGCGCAGUCGAAUGGUUGACACAAAAAUUCCGUAAUUGUGAGAACUGAUAUGUUGUUAUGGUACUUUUUUAUUCUGCGAAAGAACGUUCUGUGAAAGAACGAUUGACAUUAUGUAUAUUUUACAGCGACAAUAAACGACAAGUAUAUAUAAUAAGAAAGAGAAUAAGUAGAAACAGCGACUCUGACAAGUAAUUCUUGAGAAAUAAAAGCCGUCGUCUUCAUAAAA